GAAAUUCCUUAUCAGUUGAUUCAUUCGCAGUGAGGACAAGCUUCAGACACGUCGACCACCACAGACAAGCGCGAAGGAGUCACAGAGACCCUAAAGGAGAAGAUGAGUACCGUACAAACCGUAAGUCUCCACCCUGAUGAGGAGUAUGAGAUGAACAAAAGAAAACGAGGCGUUGCUCUCAUCUUUAACCAGCAGUGCUUUCACUUUGCAUUGAACCUGGGUGAGAGACAUGGAACUGAAGCUGACUGCUCCAACGUGAAGGAAAGACUGACUGCUCUUGGCUUUGAAGUAAAGGUCUUCAACGAUUUAAGACAAAAUGACAUCAACAAUGAGAUCAAAGAAGCUGCAAAAGCCGAUCAUUCAGAGGCUGACUGCUUUUUGGUUGUCUUCCUGAGCCACGGGGAAAAAGAUUAUGUUUAUGCCAAGGAUAAAAAAGUCAAAGUUAAGGACAUCACAGACAAGUUCAAAGGAACCGAGUGCGAAAGCCUGGUGGGAAAACCUAAAAUCUUCAUAUGGCAGGCGUGCCGUGGAGAUAAGCAUGAUGACCCAGUGGCACCAUGUGCCGCCCCCGACUCUGAGCCCACUGAGGUGGGGGAGGCUGGAGCUGUGUACACUCUCCCUGCUGCAGCUGAUUUCAUCAUGUGUUACUCUGUGGCUGAAGGGUACUAUUCCUACCGACACACUCUUGAAGGCUCCUGGUACAUCCAGGACCUGUGUGAGCUGCUACAGAAGUACGGGGAUUCACUGGAAUUCACUCAGUUACUGACAAUGGUCAACAGGAAGGUGUCAAUGAGGAGCGUUGACAAGUGUAGCGACCUAAAAGCCAUUGGGAAGAAACAAGUACCCUGCUUUGCUUCGAUGCUCACCAAGAAACUCUACUUCCACCCAAAAAAAUAGGAGUUUUCUUUGUCAUUUAAUGGGAAUGUUGAUUAUAAGGAUCUCAUUCAUGCUCAUUGGAUUAAUUGGUGUUUACCUACUGAGCAACUAUGCUAAUGUUGACUUGUUCUACAGCUGAAAAGUUGCAAUGAGUUUAAAUUUUGUGUCUAAAAUAAAGUGAUCAAAUAAAUCCAUGCCUCCAUU